ACCUGUCUAAUCAAUGAUCUACCGCCUGCAGGUUGCCUAGAGAUGUAUACCAUAGGCUGGUUUUGUCAUGUGUAACAAUACAGGUUGGAAUUAUUCAUUAAGAGACGAAGUUUGCUAAGUUAAGUCCAUAUACAGAAUUCCGAUAUCGGUUAUACCACAGUGUUCGUGACAGUAGCCGUUCUCACAGUGGAAGACAUAUUGAAUGUUGUUAGUUUUCAGUUCUUCUGAGGAUUUGAUAUCAAAGCACUUAUAAAAAAAAAUUAAAAAUGUCAGUUAUAUUGUCAGCGUGCCGUCGUCAUUCGAAACAAAAAGUUCUUGCCCGGGCUUUAAAGAAAAAGGCAGAGAAGCAGCAACUGAAAACUCACGGGAAACUGAAGAAAGAAGAAGAAUUACAAGAGCUGGAGAACUAUGCGAACGAGGCAUUUUCUAAAAUGUGGCAGUUCAUUGUGGAUGACGAGGAAUACACGAUCGUGUUGCAUCUGGCCUCUGAUAAAGAUACGGUUGAUAUCUAUUGCAAUUAUGACGAAAUGACAGAUGUUAUGACAAAUUGUUGUCAAGGUGAAGCAACGUUUGAUUUCGUCUUUGGAGCAGCAUAUAAGGCCCGAAUUACAUGUACCCAGGGAAAACAUGGAGAGGGGUUGGUCCAUACACUGACAGUUAAUGGCUAUGCAGUACCUGAAGCGGAAUAAAUGAUCAUCGAAAGGAUGCUAACGGACACAGUAAAGUUUUGAUUAAUUCAAGAAAUGAAACGAAAAUAUCAGAAUUAAUCGAUUAUGGGUUAAGAACAAGUUAAUAUUUGAUAAUAUUUCUAGGAAUGAAAAUGUUUUCUGCUGAAGCAAGAUAAGUUGUGUAAAUAUUAUUUUUUAAAGUUAGCAUUACUUUUAUAAACGUUUUGGUUGCCAUUUCACAGUUUACUUCUUAUGUUAUUUUAAUGACUUGCUUGUAUUGCAUUUUAACAUUAACACUUUAAAUAGUUUAAUUGAACUUGUCCAUCUUUUAGCAUGGAUAAAAUAAUUUAUCAUUUAUAGGGAAAAUUUCGAGAUAAGUAUUAACUGACUAGCGAACAGUGCAGGCCAUGAUAAGACGGCACCGAUAUACCGGUGCUGGUCGCAAGCUUACAGCAAACUUAAGGCUAAUUUUUAAAAAAAUAAAAUGUACUGGCCUUUCGAGUACAAAAUGAUAUUCGCUUUGUGUAAACAAAAUGGUUAAAAAAAAUUCUUUUCAGUAUUUUUAAGAAACAAUUUUUUUUAAUAAUUUCAAACAAUAAGUUUUAUAUAACAAUGUUAAUGUGAAGUAAAACAAUACGCAUCAUCAACAAAAAGUAUAUUGUACAUUAAGGCAAUAAUGUUAACUGCGAAGAAGCAGAAAUUGAUAGAAAUAAUGUAGAAUGAAUGUUUGAUUGUAUUUUGAAUAGAUUGUAAGUAGAAUGUAUUUUGUCAACUUUAAAACAUAUAUUUGAAAUAUGCAAUUUGUUCUAAAUUAUAGUUUUGUUUUUGUACAUACUGUUGAAACAAGUUGUUCCUUAUUUUGUAUAGCAUAGCAUUGCUAGUCUUUCAGAUGUUGUGACCUAGUUAUAUUUUAAAUGAAAAGUUUAUUUACUGAUCGGUUAUUAGCUUUGUUAAUUAAUUGUUGUUUACGGUAUUUUUUUUUCAAUUGAAUGAGCGGCUUUUAAAAUUUCUGUAAAAGAGAAUGGGUAAUUGGUAAUUAAGCUUUAUAGAUAUCUUUUAUUAGUUUUAGAAUUGUUACAGUUUGGUUAUGUUACACUGUUAUAACAGAUUUGCCUUACAGUGUUUGAAAUGAAAUAACCAGCAUUCGUACGAAAACCUUUUUAUAACUUGUUUAUGUUCAUUUUCUUAAACCCUUUAUAAAAUAAAUUAUUUCAAUGAGAAAUGUUUAAUAACGAUUACUGGAAAUUUCUAUUUCGGUGUUUUCUUUUUUACUUUCAGAAAUGCAUUUUCUUACAUUUCGAAAUUCAAAUAAUGUAGUUCAAAAUUCUUAGGGUACCGCACUUUUCAAUUCACGGCGUGCUCAUCAUUAACAACUUAAUGUGUACACUUUAAACUAUACUGUAAAGAUGUAUAUUUUAUGAUCUGAGUUCAAAAUUUUGGACUAAGGGGAACAUCUGUUUUGAAGAUAAGAAUGUUAUAUGAUAAUACGAAUUGUUGUUUUCUUUACGAGUGAUAAAACCAAAUCUGCCGGGCAUAACUGCAAUAGAUUCUUAACAAAUGUAUUUGGUCAAAAUUUAAGUGAAAAGUAUUUUAUAAGGAAUUCCGGCAAAUAGAAUAAACAAAGCAUGUAACAUUUUCAAUUUUUGUCGCAUUGAGCGUUAUUUUUGAAAUUUCAUAUUAGGGUCAUAAUUAUUCAUAUUAGGGUCAUAUUUUAGAGGUGUUUAUUAACCAUCUAAAUACUCACAGCAUCAAUGACUUGCAGCCUGUAUAGUGCCAGACCAGUCUGCCUCUUAGCCCAAGCAUCAUGGGUUCGAGCUCUAAGCGGGGCACAACCAUGUUUCUUCAUAUGACACCAGUACUUGUUGGUUCCAGGAGUGGACUUAAAAGUGUUUGCAAGAACUUGUUUCGCAAAUAAUUUAUGUUUAAACCAUAUAAUAAAGGACUAAUUAAAAUAUACCGCAUACACAGUGAUAAUACUGGUCAAACUGAACGCAAAAAUAAAGCCUAUAAAAUAUAGCCUGUGUUAUAAACUUAUAAUUAUCCCCAUUUUAAAAAAGAAUUUUACUUGAGAUGGUUGAAAAAAGUAAAAGAUUUUGACGGACAUAAUUUCCGAAAAUAUUUUUUUUUUGGCCGACAGGUCUUAAAAUCGUUUGAUUUGUCCCGGAGUAUAUUCCGAACGUAGCUCGCUGAGUUCCGUAAAAGUACAGAAACAUUGCCACGUAAUCUAAUUUGAAUGACUUAUAAAAUGAAAGCGAUGUCAUUCGAGAAUUUUCGGUCAGAACAAUACAGAAACAGAUCGCUCGUUGUUUUAUUUCUGAAAUGAACUAAGAUAUGUUUGCUUAAACAAUACCCAGAGAAGAAAUAAAAUGAAAACUCACCUACGUUGUUGACAUAUAAAAUUUACAUGGGCGAUUCCAAAUCAAAGGGAAAUAACCAUGCAUUUAACUAUUUUAUUAAACUAUUAUAGUUUCAAUACACGCGAAAUUCGCACUAUGAAAUCGAGAUUACCCAGUUUUGUAGAAGUAGAAUGCUUGCGUUGUGUGAGACCAGUUGUUGGUUUGAGUCUCAGGUGGAGCUCUUUUUCAGUAUAUUUUUUUGGAUUUUGUUUGCAAUACAUAAAACAUUACAAGUAAUUGAAAUUAUCUAGUUUCUGUAUUUGGAUUAUCGCCGCCGGUACUUGGCACCCAAAAGUAUUAACGCAUUUGGUUUUUACCGACUGCACCGGGGAGCAAACAAAAACAGUUGCUGUAAUAUUUAAUACUGACUCUGCACUCCCUGAUUCCUGGAUCUGUUACAAAACUGUGUUUUUCACAGAGUGCGGUUUACCUGUACACCGGCAGAUAUGCAAAUUAGAAAAUUACGCUUAUGUUAAAAGGACAAACAUAAAUACUUUUUUUAACGUAAAUAUGUUUUUGAAGAUUUUGGUUUAUAUAUGACAACAUUUUAUGAAUAACAUGUUUUUCAUAUAGUUGACAAGUAUUAUCACCUUAAGAAGCGGAUAUUUGUAAAUUUAUUCAUUUCUCAAGUUUUUGUUACAUUCUUAUCAUUUUUUAUUUUUUCAGUUUGAUUUUAGAACAAAUAUCAGUAGGGUAAAAACUUAGAUCGUGAAUGAUAUUGUUAUGUAAAUGCAGGUAUUAUAUAAUACCUUUAAUGGUUUGUUUUAUUAAUACACAGAGGGCAAAAAAAAAUUUUCUGUAAAAUAAAAAAAAAGAUGAAAACUUUUGUUAAUAUUGAAUGAUUUCAUCUCCGAUUUUCAAACUUCAUCUCAAUUUAUAAACACCUGUUAAUUUGAAUAAAAAAACUAUGAAUAAAGGUGUGUUGAUGCUUUAAAGUAGCAUGCCUCCAGAUCAAUGCUAACUUUCAUGAAAAUUUUGCAAAUGUAUUAAAAAGUAAAUUAUUGCAAAAU